CUCUCAUCUCAUCUCUCUCCCUCCUCUCUCUCUCUCUUGUUCCUCGCUCCCUCACGCUUUCACACCGAUGAACACGCUGUGUGAUGAUUGCUACAUGUGGGCAACAGUAGAUAUCUCUACACAAGAACAGAACCACGCUUAACCCGUCGGAUAAAGCAGCUUCUCCAGCCUGAAUCAAAGAGCUGUCAUCUACAACGGCAGUGAACUGUAAAGACAAAUCAACACUUCACUUGUUCCUACAGUACAAUCGACUGGAAGAAAUUGCACUGCAAGGACAGUCAGGCCAUGAAAACUAGACUAGGGUGCCUGUCUAACAAAUCAGACUCAUGCAGCGAUUUUUCAGAAUUCCUGACUCCUGCUCAGGAGAGGUCCACAAGAUACUUGAAGUUAUCAAAUGAUGAAGUGACCAGAUGGGCAGAUUCAUUUGAUGCUCUGCUGUCCAAUAAAUAUGGUUUGGCAGCUUUCAGAACCUUCCUCAAAACAGAGUUCAGUGAUGAAAACAUCGAGUUCUGGUUGGCAUGUGAGGACUAUAAAAAGAUCAAAUCCCCUGCUAAGAUGAUGUCUAAGGCCAGUAAGAUCUACAAGGAAUUUAUUGACAUUCAUGCACCCAGAGAGGUUAACAUAGACCACAGGACCAGAGAGGAAACCAAACAGAGGCUUCUGGAGCCAACUCCCAACAGUCUCAAUGAAGUCCAAGCUAAAGUGUACAGCCUCAUGGAGAAAGACUCCUUUCCUCGGUUUAUAAGAUCAAAGAUCUAUCAGGACUUACUGAACAGGACACAGAUAUACUGUCAGAGGAAAUCUGUUUAAAAGUGAAAGUCUAUGAAAGAUGUCUUUGCUUGCCUGGUUAGAUGAUAUUGAGAUAUAUAAUAUAAUAAAGCAGACUUUAAUUGUAUUAUAGCAUAGUCUGUGUUGAGAAUACCUAGAUGAGAAUAAUCAAAUAAAAAGGUAAAAAAACGAACUAGUUCCUUGCUAGUUUGUGCAUCUAAAGUAAAACAUGACCCUGUACUGUACUUCUUUGCUCAGUUCUAUUUGAACUAUAUUCUCUCCCUCUCAAUUGUGAUAGAAUGGUCAAUGUUUCUUCUGAAUGCUGGCAAGCAUGUAAAUGUAAAUCAGUCUCUACAUGGGUAAUAUGUAAGAGUAGAGUAUGAAUAUUUAUUUUUCUUAUCUUCAAUGUAACUUGUGUACACAUUAACACCGAUAUGUUUCGAUACGACAACCUAAGACAUGCCUGCUGUGUUACUGCAUGCAGCCUCGGCCUGCGGACAUCUCUCAUUGAAUCUUUUGUCUUAAAAUCUAAAUCAAAAAAUAAUUACACAAACAUACGCACACAAAUUUUUUUCUCUGAAAAAAAAAAUCUGAGGAUGUGGCAUAAUGUAUUGUUUAGCUUUAUUUAUUUUGUUGUUUAUUAAUUUAUUUAAGUUUAUUCUUUCAGAUGCUGAUGUUCUAAUGGUUUACAAUGACUGAUGAUAGAUCAAGUAAAGCAUGUCACUUCAA